CGCGAAAGAGAACGCAGAGUGGUUAUAUGUAGAGCAUCAGAGAUCUUUGACACGGCACUGUCGUGUUCGCGUCUUCACGGAAUUGCUGAGCUUUUGCUCCUCAACAACUCUGGUUGUAAGCCACUUUCAAUCUUUUGUUUCUGCACCCAGCCCAAGACAAUGUCGACCCUCGGAAACUCGAUAUACACUCAAGCCUUCAAUUUUGGCAGCUUCAACAAGAACGGAGUGGAUCCUCGUACCGGCCAAUACACCUUUUCGAUUCCCAUCUUCGAAACCCCAUCCGCGGCACGCAACUGCCCCCCUCUCCGGCUCUCCAUCAAGUACAACCCACUGUAUUUGCGGGAGUUUGGGUUGGGCCGGGGUUGGGCCCUUAACCUGUCUACCUACCAGCGUGUCGAGCAAGGAGGAAGAGCGCGGGCCGCGUUGGUGCUCUCGACCGGUGAACACUACCGAGUCACGGAAACGCCGAGUUCCUGCUCCGUCGACGACCAGAAGCUCCGAAGCUUCUCCUUCACAAAGACCUCCAGCACUGUCCAGCACAACGAAAUUGUCGAAGAUGGGAUGGCCGGUCGCUACUACAAGAUCGCUCACAAGUCAGGCCUGGUCGAGAUCCUGUCUGACGACAAUGGGAGAUACAAUACUGCCGUUCCGGUUAAGAUAUAUGCCUCCACUGGGCGCUCAUUGAAGUUGGUGUGGGACAGGCACGGAGAGGAGCCCCGGCUGGUCAAAAUUCGAGACGGGGAUGACGACUUACUUAGCCUGCACUAUACCAGUUCGCUGGUCCAGGUCAAGCGAAGUCCGGGGACAGCCGAGUCCAACGUUAUCUCUCUCACGCUGGACGACGAUGGCUUGCUUGCACAUGUGUCUUUCCCGAUCUCGCAAGCAGGAGGGCAGGACCUGGAGCGAUAUGCAAGGCCGGCAUGGGCCUUCAAGUACAAAACAUUCAGCAACGACAUUACCUGCCUGACCACCGUUGUCAGUCCUGCCGGGCUCGUCGAGGAGGUGCAACACCGGGAGGAUGGUCACCGACUGCCAGGCUUCUCCCGGUUCUCCUACGAGUACAUUCCGUAUGUCGUUUCGCACAUUGUGAAACCCGGCUGUGGCCGGCCACCCACCGAAACGACCUAUAGCUUCUCGACCCGCAACUUUCUCGGCUAUGGCGGCAGCUCUGUCUGGAUUGACGACGAGGACAACCUCUAUCGUAUGCAGGGGGGUUACCUGUACACAUGCACCAGCUUCGUCAAGGGUGGCCCGGAGACACGAUACACUUACGACAAAUUCCACCUCUUGACGGAGGUGGCACAGCGGAAAGGGGACAAGCAUGUGGUCCAAAGAAUGUCGUACCACGAUUUAUUGGCUCAAGGGCUCGAUUCCUUCGCUGCUCAGCCGCCACAGUUCCAACUCCCGUCGACAAUCCGAACCACGUAUCAAGACGCAAGCACCGGGCAAUCGCGUGUCGAGACGGUCCAUCACGACUUUGACGAGUGGGGAAAUCCCACCCGGGAGGUCGAUGCGGACGGCACGGUAACCUACUCCUCGUUCUACCCGGCAUCCGGUCACACCGACCAAGAGAGCGGCGAGGUCUGGUGCCCGGCAGAUCCCCACGGCUUCAAGCGAUACCUCUGGGAUGAGAAGACCAUACCAUCGCGCGGCGCGGAGCCGUCGUCGGAACCGCCAGUGCACUGUGUUUCGUACCGGUACCAGGGAAUCCCCACCGCAGGCACCACUUCCUCGUCCGGCGAGCAUUUCGUCGUCGCGCGGCAGUGUCGGGUCCUGCGAGGUGGCAAGGCCAUCUCCAUCACGGACUUUUCAUGUGUUAACCAGCCAGGGAGUAGAGAUCACGGGCGCCCGAGUAGGAAGGUCACGCAUCUUCCUUCCGAAGGGCAGCACCAGGAGGUUGUCGACUGGUCGUAUAACUACGACGCGGAGGAGGGGACGGUGACGGAACAGGUGCGCGUCACAACUGGUGGCGGUGGUAAUCGUCCCGUCACGGGAGAAGCCGAGACCGGCGCAAGAGAAGAGAAGUCGGCGUUUUCCCUCUCUUCUGGGUUGGUUGUCUCGCACGUCGACGCUACUGGAAUUACCAAUCACUUCCGCUACGACAGCCUCGGCAGGCUGGCUUCUCUAACCAUCAGUCGGGGAACACCGUACGAGGCGACUCGUCGGUACGAGUAUGCCCCGGGAGUGCAACAAGAUGAUGGAUCGGGGGGGGGGAAGCGUUGUUACAGUUACCGACGCCGAUGGGGUGACAACGCGGACGUUCACAGACGGACUGGGCAGGGUGUAUCGGGUUGAACGCCGGGACGUCGACGACGACGACAACAACAACAACAAUAACAACGGGAGCAGCGAAGGUAGCCAAGGACCG